AUGAGACCACUUACAGAAGAAGAAACCAAAGUAGUUUUUGAAAAAUUAGCAAAUUACAUUGGUAGAAAUAUUUCAUUUCUUAUAGAUAAUCCAGAAGAUCCUCAUGUAUUUAGAUUACAAAAAGAUCGAGUUUAUUAUGUUCAAGAACAAAUUGCUAAAUUUGCAACUAGUGUAACUAGACAACAAUUAAUGUCUUUAGGUAUAUGUUUUGGUAAAUUCACUAAAACUGGUAAAUUUAGAUUACAUAUUACUGCUUUACCUUAUUUAACUCAAUAUGCUAAAUUCAAAGUUUGGAUUAAAUCAAAUGGUGAAAUGCCUUUCUUAUAUGGUAAUCAUGUUUUAAAAGCUCAUAUUGGAAGAAUGUCCGAUGAUAUUCCUGAACAUGCUGGUGUUAUCAUAUAUAAUAUGAAAGAUAUACCUUUGGGUUUUGGUGUUAGUGCUAAAAGUACCGGUGAAGUUAAAAAUAUGUUACCUACUGGUAUUGUCGCAUUCAGACAAGGUGAUAUUGGUGAAUAUUUAAGAGAAGAAGAUACUUUAUUUACAUAG